GGGGGAGCGCGGGCGCCGGGCCCGGGACCGAUCCAGGCCGCCAUGACCAAGCUGGGGCAGUGGCUGUGCGGACUGGCCCUGCUGGGCUCGGCCUGGGCCGCGCUGGCGCUGGCGCCGCCGGGGCUGCGGCUGCCCGCCCCGUACCGGCAGGCCCUGCUGCCCCUGCCCGUCUACCUGCUGGUGGCCUUCGGCUGCUACUCCCUGGCCACCGUGGGCUACCGCCUGGCCACCUUCAACGACUGCGAGGAGGCGGCCGCCGAGCUGCAGGAGCACAUCGGCGCGGCGCGGGAGGACCUGCGCCGGCGGGGGCUGCGCUUCUGACCCCAAUAAACCCGAGGGACGGUGGCUGCCAGGGCAGGGUGGGCAAAGAGACCGGCCUGCUGCGGCUCCCCUGGGCUUUGCUGCCCUGGUUGGGGGCCACAGGCAGCUGAGGACACUGGGACGCUGCUGGAAGCCACAACGAUUUAUUCUUCUGUCACCCGAUGAGCCCUCCCCACCCGGGAAGGGAAAAAACAAGGAAACCUGAGAGUUGAAAUAUAAACAGAUUUCCUAAAAUAA